AAACAGGAGAGUUAAAUGAUAGCUCUUAUUAAUUGUUUGAGUAUUUCUGUAACUUCAAUCAUGCAAAAGAAUAAUUAUAAUCCCAAAUGAGCGAGAAAGACAAGUAACAAGACCUAAUUUAAGUCAAAUUAAGCUGACUUUGCACGUUUAUGUUCCAUGAAUGUACUGUUUGAUUUGCUGAAGCAAACGACAAAAGCAGACAAAGAAGUGUGAAUGGUGGGUUUGAAGCUUCUUCAUUCGUGUAUAUAUACGGUUUCUCUCAUUCUAGUCUUUGUUUAUAAUCUUUUCCAGUCUUCUUUUUUCCAUCCGACAUGGCAGAAACUCAAGAACUGCAACUCCAAAUCAUGGUUAAGGAAGCUAAGGAUGCAGAGUCAAAUGAGGCUAGUGUGGCCGGCCAAGCAACAGUGCAACACUCGAGAGCCUAUCAACGGUGGAUCAGAAUAGCCUUGCAUAUAUUCUUUGUUCUCUCCGGCCAAGCAGCGGCCACUCUCCUGGGAAGACAAUACUAUGACAAAGGAGGCAAUAGCAAAUGGUUGGCAACACUUGUGCAGCUUGUAGGCUUCCCAGUUCUCCUCCCCUACUACUGCCUUCCACCACCAAAAAUUUCCGACACAAGCAGUAAUGAAACUGCCCCACCGCCUUCUUUUCUUGUCCUUGCUUCUGUCUACUUCUCCCUUGGCUUGCUUAUAGCAGCCGAUUGCUUUUUGUAUUCAGUUGGGUUGUUAUAUCUGCCAGUUUCAACUUAUUCCCUCAUCUGUGCAUCCCAGUUGGCCUUCAAUUCCUUCUUCUCCUUCUUCCUUAACAAGCAGAAGUUCACUCCAUUCAUAAUCAACUCUUUAGUCCUUCUCACAAUCUCCUCCACGCUCCUGGUUUUCCAGAGCGACUCUGAGAACCCCACAGGCUUGUCGAAGGUGAAGUAUAUAAUUGGAUUCAUUUGCACUGUUGGAGCAUCUGCAGGAUUUGGACUUGUGCUUUCGCUUACUCAACUCACCUUCCAAAAGGUUCUGAAGAAGGAAACUUUUACAGUAAUCAUGGAUAUGAUAGUGUAUACGAGUCUAGUUGCAAGCUGUGCUACAAUGGUGGGACUUCUUGUGAGCAAGGAAUUUAAGAGUUUAAAGACAGAGAUGGGAGCAUACAAGUUAGGGAAGAUCUCAUAUGUUAUGAAUUUGGUUUGGACUGCUAUAUGUUGGCAAGUCUUUAAUAUUGGCGCAACAGGAUUGAUCUUCGAGACAUCCUCUCUGUUCUCCAAUGCCAUAAGUGUUCUGGGUUUGCCUUUGGUUCCAAUUCUGGCUGUUGUAUUUUUUCAUGACAAAAUGGGUGGCAUCAAGGUGAUUGCCAUGUUGUUGGCUUUAUGGGGCUUUCUCAGUUUUCUUUAUCAGCAAUACCUUGACGACUAUGAGUCCAAGAAUGAGAAGAGAAAAGCCGAUGAAGUUGUUCAGGCCUCUGAUGGGAGUCAAUAGUUGGAAAUUUUAUUUUGUGAUUUUGGUUAAAGAUUUGCCUAUGUUACCAUGGCCAAGCCAAAAUUAGAUGUCCGAUUUGGAAGAGGCAGGAAAAUGGCACCUUUUCUUUUUCCUGUAAUUUUGUGAAUCGUUGUAUGCCAAAUGUUCCCUCAUUAGAAUAAAAAAGUUUCCUGUGACAUACAACAAUAAUUUGUAUACAUAAUUGGAAAUUUUCUUAGAUUGAAUACAGAUUUUUUUUUU